CAGCCCCCGCGGCUGAAGGGACGCGGCCGUUAUAGCCGUUAGCGCGGCCGGGGUCCCUCGGGGAACUGGGGCACAAAGGGAGAGAGCAGGCAAGGCGCUGCUCCGCCGCCGGAACGGGACGGAUUGCGGAGGAGAGGUCAAUAAAAAGCCAGCUGGAUUUCAGAUAAGGGACAGGACAGGCAGGACAACCCACAGAGAUUCCCUCAUGCCCCAAGGGGAUUCUGUGAGGCCCAGCAACCCCACAAAGCUGCAGGUGCAGAGACUUUCAUCCCUCAUAUUUGCCAAGGAAGCUCUGAAAUUUCUGGAAAACUUCAGUGCAGAUACCCAACAAAAUGCUGCUCUCUAAAGACAAGGCGCAUACCACUGAACGCCCGCCGCCGCACGCCACAGGGCAGAAGACUACUUCACCGCCAACCCCCGCGCUGAGGCCACGGUUUCGCUCCCUCCUUUCACGCCUGAAGCCCUCCGAGUCGGGCAACAGCAGCCGCCGGGGCCUGCCCAGACGGGUUACAGAUGCACCGUCCCACCAAGGUCACCUUUCAGAGGAAGAACAGGAGUCACCCAAGGCAGAAAACGACGUCUUUCUCAUCAGGGCACAAGGAUUCCCAUUCUCUUGCACCGAGGAAGAUGUGCUCACUUUUUUUGAUAGCUGUAGAAUUCGAAAUGGUGAGAACGGCAUACACUUCCUCUUAAACAGGGAUGGGAGACGCAGAGGGGAUGCCUUGAUCGAGCUGGAGUCAAAAGCAGAUGUCCAGAGAGCCUUGCAAAAGCACCUGAGGUACAUGGGCCCCCGCUAUGUGAAAGUUUUUGAAGUACACGAUAGUGAUGUAGAGAGCUUACUACAGAAUCUGCGGGAUGAGUCACAAGCCAUUAAUGAUGGAGUUGUACUGCUCAGAGGCCUUCCCUUCAACUCCACUGAGGACGAUAUCGUGUAUUUUUUCUCAGGCUUGAAAAUAACUGACAUAGUUUUCGUUUACCGGGGAGAAAGAAGAACAGGAGAGGCUUUUGUGCAGUUUGCAGCUCCUGAUAUGGCAGCUAAAGCCCUGCUACGACACAGGGAAUAUAUGGGAAAUAGAUACAUAGAAGUGUAUGUCAGUAGGAAGCAUCAAAUGCAAAAGCAUUUGCCUUAUGACAGGCAGCCAGUGACCUACCACAGAGUGAAAAGAGAACAUGAAUACAUUUCUGAAGAAAGGGAAUCGAGUGACAUGGGCGGCUCCAAUGCUGAAAGAGGAAAUAAAUUGUGCAGGGAAGGAAUGGAAAGCUCCGGGCAUGUUGUACAAUCUGGGAAUGUCUCAUCACCACUGCACUUUGUUCAUAUGAAGUGUUCCCCUACCCAAGCUAGUGCCCAAGAUAUUAUAAAUUUUUUUGCUCCGCUGAAGCCCACAAGGAUCCUGAUAGAAUACAACUCCAAUGGAGAUGCCACAGGAGAAGCAGAUGUGCAUUUUGAGAGCCAUGAGGAUGCAGUGGCUGCGAUGGCCAAGGAGGGGUCCCAGCUGCAGUGCAGUACCGUUGAAUUGUUCCUGAAUAAGCAUCCAACGGCGAAAGAAAACUGCUAGUGACAGUGGCACAGUCUGAGAUUGGCCAAGUGAACAUUCCGGGGAUACAAGCAUAAAGAUGGAGGACAAGUGUCGCUGCGCACUAACGACGAUAAACUGUAUAAAAUCUAGGUUAGCGUGGUGUAAAAGCAUGUAAUAAAUUGUAUUGCCAUACUGUGGCCAGAUUGUGUGCUGAAAAGCAGAAGCAGCUGCACUGGAGGGAUGGCAGAUGCUGCAGGAUGGAGCUCUUCUAGUCUCCAGCUGCAUUAUGGUGUACAAAGGAUUAAUAAACCACCAGUAUCCACA